GGUGGUGAUGGCCUGCGAGAACCAGCACAUGGGAGAGGACAUGGUGCUGGAGCCGGGGCUCGUCAUGAUCUUCGCUCAUGGGGUGGAGGAGAUAUGAGAGGAGUGGUGGAGAUAUGGGGGGUUUGGGGUUGUGAGUGUUGGUUGUGGAGGAGAGAUGAAAAAAAUGCAGUUUGGAGAUGACAGGGGUUUGAUGGACUUGGGUUUUUCCCUCAUGGAGUGGAGGAGAUCUGAAAAAAAUCCACCUUGGGAUGGAGGGGGGUUUGUGAAGGAGAUGUGAAAAAAAUCCAAUUUGGAGAUAACAGGGGUUUGCUGGACUUGGAUUUUUCCCUCAUGGAGUGGAGGAGAUUUGAGAAAAAUUCACCUUGGGAUGGAGGGGGGUUUGUGGAGUUGGGGGUUUUGGGGUUGGGAGUGUUGGUUGUGGAGGAGACCCAAAAAAAAUCCAAUUUGGAGAUAACAGGGGUUUGCUGGACUUGGAUUCUUAGUGGUCAUGGAGUGGAGAUCCAAAAUAAUCCAACAUGGGACACUGGGGGUUUCCUGGACUUGGGGUUUUGGGGUUGUCAUUAUUGGUCGUGGAGGAGAGCUGAAAAAAAUCCAAUUUGGAGAC